CUACGGUCAGUGCUUUCUGAACUGUUGUCAGUGACAGUUCUUCCAUCAUGCGGCGGUGGAUCCACGAUUAUUGAUUCAGCAUCGAUCACGAUAUUUUUUAAUUCAAUCAUCGUACCGACACUGUUUCUCGCCGCUCACGAACGCUCGUUGUUUGCCCGCUCGAGCGCGAUUUCUCAAACGCGUUUCUCGUCGACGAUCUUGGUGCUACUUUCCGCUUUGGGAGCGUUACGCUUGCACGAAAUACUAGACGGAUCAUGGUGUUGACCAGCAGAACAACCUGUUGGCUGCUACUCGUCUGCUUGAUCGUACUUUUCGGCAACCUCGACAAUGCAGAAGGUGCACGAAAAAGAUUUCGCAGGCCAACAACAGCCGCCCCGUCGAUCUCGAACGAUCAGGAAGUCUCGGCUAGCGUGAACAGGUUCAAAGUCACACGAAAUCGUAUAACCAACAAAAGUAAAAAGAAUGAAAUUCAAAUUGGCAAAUCGGAAGACUACAAGAUUGUAUGCUAUUACACGAACUGGUCUCAAUACCGGACGAAACUUGGAAAAUUCAUGCCUGAAGAUAUACAACCCGACCUGUGCACUCACAUUAUCUUCGCGUUCGGUUGGCUGAAAAAGAACAAACUGACCAGUUUCGAAUCAAACGAUGAAACUAAAGAUGGAAAGAUCGGAUUAUACGAGAAAAUUGUAAAUCUGAAGAAAGCUAAUCCGUCUCUAAAAAUUUUACUUGCGAUUGGUGGUUGGUCCUUUGGCACUCAAAAAUUCAAAGACGUAUCCUCGACCAGGUACGCAAGACAAACCUUCAUUUACAGCGCUAUACCAUAUUUAAGAGACAGAAAUUUCGACGGUCUCGAUAUCGAUUGGGAAUAUCCGAAAGGAGGUGACGACAAGAAGAAUUACGUUCUUCUAUUGAAAGAGCUUCGAGAAGCAUUCGAAGCCGAGGCUCAAGAGAAGAAAAUGCCAAGACUUUUGUUAACAGCUGCCGUGCCAGUUGGUCCUGAUAAUGUUAAGAGUGGAUACGAUGUCCCAGCUGUUGCCAGUUACUUGGACUUCAUCAAUCUAAUGGCGUACGACUUUCACGGUAAAUGGGAAAGAGAAACGGGUCACAACGCCCCUCUGUACGCUUCGUCGUUGGACUCCGAAUGGCAAAAGCAGCUGAGCGUAGACAACGCAGCUUCGAUGUGGGUCCGUUUGGGUGCACCCAAAGAGAAAUUAAUAAUCGGCAUGCCAACCUACGGACGAUCCUUCACUCUCUCGAAUCCCGCCAAUUUCCGUGUUCAUUCACCUGCUAGCGGCGGUGGAAAGGCUGGUGAAUACACCAAGGAAUCUGGCUUUCUUGCCUAUUACGAGAUUUGCGAGAUGCUACAAAAUGGCGCGAUCUACAUCUGGGACGACGAGAUGAAGGUACCAUAUAUGGUACUGAACGAUCAGUGGGUCGGUUUCGACGACGAGAAAUCAACUCGAAUUAAGAUGGACUGGCUGAAGAACAAGGGAUACGGUGGGGCUAUGGUGUGGACGGUUGAUAUGGACGAUUUCAACGGCACCGCUUGCGGUGGAAACGUUAGGUAUCCUUUAAUCGGAGCGAUGAGAGAAGAAUUGCUAGGAAUCUCUAGAGGUUCCAAUGCUAAGGACGUUGAUUGGAGCGCUGUUGCUUCUACCGUCUCGGAAAAUAUCUUGAAGAAACCUGAACCGUACAAAAUCUCCGUCAGCGAUGUUCUCAGUAAAGCGAAGAAGGUUCAGAAAACGUCUCAACUUGUUAUCAGCCCUCCUACCAAUGAAAGGGAAGCCCAAUCAUUUUGUUAUUUAACAAAUUGGUCGCACAGAAGGCCAGGUGCCGGUAAAUUCAUGCCGGAAGACAUCGAUCCUACUCUCUGCACCCACAUAGUUUACGCGUUCGCGACCCUGAAGAACCAUUUGCUGGUGGAAGAAAGCGAUAAAGACGCGGAGAUGUACGGACGACUGAUUGCUCUUCGCGAUAAGAAUCCUGAUAUCAAAAUACUAUUGGCAAUCGGUGGCUGGGCAUUCGGAUCGACGCCAUUCAAAGAAUUAACCAGCAAUACUUUCCGUAUGAAUCAAUUCGUGUACGAAGCCAUUGAUUUCCUGAGAGAAUACAAAUUCGAUGGUCUAGAUGUUGAUUGGGAAUAUCCUCGAGGUGGAGACGAUCGAACAGCUUAUGUAAAUCUUUUGAAAGAACUUCGAUUGGCUUUCGAGGGUGAAGCGAAGAGUUCCAAUCAACCAAAAUUAAUUUUGUCAGCGGCUGUGCCUGCUAGUUUCGAAGCAAUUGCUGCUGGAUACGACGUACCUGAGAUAUCUAAAUACCUAGAUUUCAUCAACGUCAUGACGUACGAUUUUCAUGGCCAAUGGGAGAGACAAGUUGGUCACAACAGCCCUCUGUUCCCCUUGGAAAGCGCGACCAGUUAUCAGAAAAAAUUGACAGUUGAUUAUAGCGCGAGGGAAUGGGUGAAGCAGGGUGCUCCGAAAGAGAAGUUAAUGAUCGGUAUGCCAACGUAUGGAAGAUCUUUCACCUUAGUGGACAAAGAGAAGUUUGAUAUCGGGGCACCAGCAUCCGGAGGAGGUACAGCUGGUAACUUCACUAAUGAAUCCGGAUUUCUCUCCUACUACGAGAUCUGUGGCUUCCUGAACGAAGAUAACACUACCCUAGUAUGGGACAGCGAGCAACAAGUACCAUUUGCUUACAAAGAGGACCAAUGGGUCGGAUUCGAUGAUGAAAGAAGCCUUAUAAAUAAGAUGCAAUGGCUGAAAGAAGAAGGUUUCGGUGGUAUAAUGAUCUGGUCCGUGGAUAUGGACGACUUUAAAGGGAUCUGUGGAUCUGGAAAAUAUCCGUUGAUCAAAGCAAUGAAGAAAGAGUUACAAGAUUACAAAGUGAAGCUAGAAUACGAUGGUCCUUACGAGAGCAACCUAAGGAACGGGAGAUAUACCACCAAAGAUCCUCAUGAAGUGACCUGCGACGAGGAAGAUAAUCACAUAUCGUAUCAUCAGGAUAAAAACGAUUGCACCAUGUAUUACAUGUGCGAGGGUGAAAGGAAACACCACAUGCCCUGUCCAGUGAAUCUGGUAUUCAACCCCAACGAGAACGUCUGCGAUUGGCCAGAAAAUGUCGAGGGUUGUCUGCAACACACGCAAGCGCCACCAGUGUAACAAAAUGAUACGCGAUAUUUAAGAAUUAUUCUCUGCGGCACACGCGGUUGUGCUAUAAAAAACGCGAGAAACGAUGACAAUGAAUUUGAACGAUUCGUUGAGAAAUAAGUUGAAAAUUUGUUACCAAUGCGUUGCCGUGAAAUUUUGUCUUUCCACGAAAUUUUCUUCCUCUUAUCCUCCCCUUCCUGAAACUCCUCUUUUUUAUAUCCUUACGCCUUUCUUUUUAUUCUGUCUCUGUCAUUUGUAUAAAAAAAAUGCACGCUAUCGAACUACCAUGAUGGUUACGUUUUGUAAAUAAAAAGAAACAAGAUUUUACGAAAGAAACAAUUUCCUUUCUCCUUCCGACCGGUGGUUAAGUGUGAUAGCAAAGGGAAAGAAUAUUCUGCGUACGAUUAACUAGUAGUUCUUCGUUUUACUUUGUAACUUUACAUAAAAAAUCAUGAUUUAUCGUUCGUA